CGGCUCCGCGGAGGAGGAGGCGGCGGCGGCGGCGGCGGCGGCCGCGGGGUGGCGGGGGAAGGGGGUGGCGAGGCCAGCUGGAUGCCCGAUCGGGGGUCCCCGGAGCCAUGGCCUGCUCCAUCGUCCAGUUCUGCUACUUCCAGGACCUCCAGGCCGCCCGGGACUUCCUCUUCCCUCAUCUGCGGGAGGAGACCCCCAGCGGCGCCUUGAAGAGGGACCCCAGUAAAUCAAACUGGGAAGACGAUGGUUGGGGAACGUGGGAAGAAACAGAACCCCAAGAACUUGAAGAAGACGGAAAUUCUUGCAAAACACAAAAAACUUCCUGGCUUCAAGAUUGUGUUUUAUCCUUAUCUCCAACCAAUGAUCUCAUGGUUAUAGCUCGGGGGCAAAAAGCUGUAUUUCUCGUGCCAAAAUGGAAACAUAGUGAUAAAGGGAAGGAAGAAAUGCACUUUGCUGUUGGUUGGAGCGGUUGUUUAAAUGUUGAAGAAGGGGAAUGUGUAACCAGUGCGCUCUGCAUCCCACUUGCAAGCCAGAAGAGGAGUUCCACUGGACGCCCAGACUGGACCUGCAUUGUGGUGGGCUUUUCUUCAGGUUACCUGCGCUUCUACACGCAGAACGGCGUGCUCUUGCUGGCACAGCUCCUGAAUGAAGACCUAGUGCUGCAGCUCAAGUGCAGGACCUAUGAAAUCCCACGACAUCCCGGUGUGACAGAGCAGAAUGAAGAGUUGAGUAUCUUAUAUCCAGCUGCCAUUGUGACUAUUGACGGAUUUAGCCUUUUUCAGUCUCUUCGAGCCUGUCGAAAUCAGGUAGCAAAAGCUGCAGCCUCAGGAAAUGAGAACAUACAGCCACCACCGUUAGCUUAUAAGAAAUGGGGUCUCCAAGAUAUUGACACAAUUAUUGAUCAUGCUAGUAUUGGUAUCAUGACUCUCUCCCCUUUCGAUCAAAUGAAGACCGCCUCCAAUAUAGGCGGAUAUAACGCCGCAAUUAAGAACAGCCCGCCCGCCAUGUCUCAGUAUAUCACUGUGGGCUCCAAUCCGUUCACGGGCUUCUUCUAUGCUUUAGAGGGAAGCACCCAGCCCUUGUUAUCUCAUGUGGCGUUAGCCGUGGCAAGUAAACUCACUUCAGCUUUAUUUAAUGCUGCCAGUGGUUGGCUCGGUUGGAAGAGCAAGCACGAAGAAGAGGCUGUGCCGAGGCAGAAGCCCAAGGUUGAGCCGGCAACCCCAUUAGCUGUGAGGUUUGGACUUCCGGAUUCUAGACGCCAUGGUGAAAGUAUAUGCCUGUCUCCAUGUAACACACUGGCAGCAGUAACAGAUGAUUUUGGCAGAGUUAUUUUGUUGGAUGUAACUAGAGGAAUUGCAAUACGGAUGUGGAAAGGGUAUCGCGAUGCGCAGACGGGCUGGAUCCAGAUUGUGGAGGACCUCCACGAGAGAGUGCCGGAGAGGGCGGACCCCUCCCCGUUCGGCAGCCCGCAGGGCCCCAGCCGCGUAGCUCAGUUCCUUGUGAUCUAUGCCCCACGGAGGGGCAUCUUGGAAGUGUGGAGCACCCAGCAGGGCCCUCGGGUGGGCGCUUUCAACGUGGGCAAGCACUGCAGGCUUCUGUAUCCUGGCUAUAAAAUCAUGGGCUUAAAUAAUGUUACCAGUCAGAGUUGGCAGCCCCAGACUUACCAGAUCUGUCUGGUGGAUCCAGCGUCUGGAAGUGUGAAGACAGUAAGCGUUCCUUUCCAUUUAGCCCUGAGUGAUAAGAAGAGUGAACGCGCCAAGGACAUGCACUUAAUGAAGAAACUAGGAGCCUCACUGAAAGCAAAAGCUCCCAAUCUUGAUUUGAUUGAAACAGAAAUAAAGGAAUUAAUUCUCGAUAUUAAGUACCCUGCGACCAAAAAACAAGCGUUGGAGAGCAUUUUGGCAAGUGAACGUUUACCAUUUUCCUGCCUUAAAAAUAUCACGCAGACUUUAAUGGACUCUUUAAAAAAUCAAGAGCUCGAGUCUGUUGAUGAAGGAUUGCUACAGUUUUGUGCCAAUAAGUUGAAAUUACUCCAUCUUUAUGAGUCUGUUAGUCAGUUAAACUCCCUUGAUUUUCAUUCGGACACACCAUUCUCCGACAAUGACUUGGCUGUGUUACUCAGGCUUGAUGAGAAAGACCUCCUCAAGCUCCAGGCGUUGUUGGAGAAAUACAAACAAGAGAACAGCAGGGCUGCUGUCCGCUUCUCUGAUGACAAGGAUGGCGUGUUGCCUGUCAAAACCUUCCUGGAAUAUUUAGACGCUGAGAAGGAUGUGAUCAGCGUGAAGAAGACGGGCGAAGAGGAGUGUGUGGCUUUAGGCAGCUUCUUUUUCUGGAAGUGUUUGCGUGGAGAGAGCUCCGCAGAGGACAUGUGUCGCACGUUGGAGUCGGUGGGACUGAGCCCCCAGCUGCUCUUGUCUCUGCUCCUGAGCGUUUGGCUUUCGAAGGAGAAGGAUAUUUUGAACAGACCGCAAUCUGUCCGCUGUCUCUACACGAUGCUGCACCUUCUGAGCAAGAUGAAAGUGGCCAUUGAGGAGACCUGGGACUCCCAGUCAGUGUCCCCCUGGUGGCAGCAGAUGCGUGCAGCCUGCAUCCAGUCUGAGAACAGCGGGGCGGCCCUGCUGUCAGCACACGUCGGGCACGCCGUGGCUGUGCAGAUAUCCAACAGCCUGACGGAGAAGAAGUUUUCGCAGGCGGGUCUGGGUCCCGACUCGGAGGCACUCACCGAUUCCUGGGAGGCCCUCUCUCUCGACACCGAGUACUGGAAGCUCCUGCUGAAGCAGCUGGAGGACUGCCUCCUGCUCCAGACGCUGCUGCACAGCAGAGCGAACCCCUCAACCGCCAGGGGGUCUUCACUGCAGGCUGAGCCGCUCCCAAGGCUCUCGGUUAAGAAGCUCUUAGAGGGCGGAAGAGGUGGCAUUGCAGACAGUGUAGCCAAGUGGAUAUUUAAACAGGACUUAAGUCCUGAAGUUUUAAAAUGGGCUCAUAAAGAAAGAGAUGCAGAAAACCCGGACGAACCCAAAGAAGGUAUCAGCAGAGGUUUAUCCGAGGUGACGGAGGUGGAGACGGACCUGGGAGCCAUACCAGACUUGCUGCACUUGGCCUACACGCAAUUCCCCUGUAGCCUGGAGCUGGACGUGCUGCACGCGCACUGCUGCUGGGAGUACGUCGUGCAGUGGAAUAAAGAUCCCGAGGAAGCACGUUUUUUCGUUAGGUCGAUAGAGCACCUGAAGCACAUUCUCAAUGCCCAUGUUCAGAAUGGCAUCGCCCUGAUGAUGUGGAACACCUUCUUAGUCAAACGGUUCUCUGCCGCUACGUACCUCAUGGAUAAGGUUGGGAAGUCACCCAAGGACAGGUUGUGCCGAAGGGAUGUGGGGAUGAGUGACACGGCCAUGGCAUCUUUCCUGAGCUCCUGCUGGGAUCUGCUUCAGACUUUAAUGGAGGCCGACGUCAGCAGGGAUGAGAUGCCAGUGCCCGUGCUGGACACAGAGGACGCCUGGCUGGCCGUGGAAGGGCCCACCUCCAUCGUGGAGCUGGCCCUGGACCAGAAGCCCGUCCACUACCCGCUGGUGGAGCACCACUCGGUCCUGUGCGGUGUGCUGUGCGCCAUCACGCGCUUCUCUCUCAAGGCCGUGAAGCCACUGUCCCUUUUCGACAGCAAGGGGAAAAACGCAUUUUUCAAAGACCUAACAUCAAUUCAGUUAUUACCUAGUGGGGAAAUGGACCCAAAUUUUAUUUCCAUACGACAACAGUUCCUACUGAAAGUCGUCAGCGCAGCUGUCCAGGCCCGACAUGGAGUCGCAAAGGACAGGGACUCCUCCGAAGAGGCCCCGAGCCCGCCUUUUGAGAAGGACCAAGACUGGCCUGUGCUGGCCCUGUACCUGGCGCAUCACCUUCAGGUCAGCGAAGACGCUGUGCGGAGGCACUACGUGGGCGAGCUGUACAACCACGGCGCCGACCACCGGGGAGAGGAGGCCAUCCUCCAGGUCCAGGACAAAGAGGUCCUGGCCUCUCAGCUGCUGGUGCUGAUCGGGCAGCGGCUGGCACACGCAGUGCUGCGCACCCAGACGCGGGAGGGCCUGGAGCUGCUGGCCAGGCUGCCGCCCACCCUGUGCACCUGGCUGAAGGCGAUGAACCCCCAGGAUCUUCAAAACACAGAAGUGCCAAUUGCAACAACAGCUAAACUAGUGAAUAAAGUAAUUGAGCUUUUACCAGAAAACCAUGGGCAAUAUAGCUUAGCCUUACACCUCACCGAAGCCGUGGAAGCCAUAGCGAUUCCUCCUUUAUGACACCGAGCUGCUGCAAACAGGCUCAACUUGUGUGACUAGAAUAUCAAUUAGUGCAUGGUUGUUUUGCAUAACAAGAUCUGGAAUUUUAUGGAGGGAGUAUGAUUUUUGUUUCCUUUUGUAAAAUAAAUAAAAAUACAUAUUACUUUUAAAAACAAGUACAGUCCUGGCUAAAUUUCACUCCUUUGGUUAAUACUGAUGAUAAAAUAUAAACAAAUAUCAACUAUACUCUUAAUUCCUAUUGCAGAUAUUCUACUGUUUAUUUCUGAUAUCACUUAGGUAGCUUUAUUGUUAAACUUUGCUAUUGAAAACUGGUUAUAAUUUACAGAUUAUGUUCUUAUUUUAAGAUUCUAUAUUUCAUAUUCAAAAGGUCACUGUAAUUAACUGUGUUCAUGUAUAGUCCCCAUCAGUAAAACGAGAGGAACAUCCCCGUCUUAGGAAAUGUGGGGCAAAUGCUUUUGUUUUCCUGCGAAUCCCGCCGGCUGCUUCCUGGAGCCCUGGACGCUGACAGCUUUCCUUCCCAGAAGUUAUGGCUGUUGCAUCAGAGGAGGAAGACCCUGCUUGUGGAGGAACAGGGGGUUCAAGAUCAUCAUAUUCACGGGAAUGGACACUAAAUAGAGCCCUGAACUGUUAGACUUGCCAAAACCGAGACUCUGAGAUGCAAGUAACGAUCCGCUUUUUGCCAACGUUCAACGUUGUAUCCACACCAGGUAAUUGUAAAAAUGUAUUAUCUUGUAAAACUUAUGUUUUAAAAAAGGGCAGUGAUGCUAAAAAUUUAAGUCCAACUUUAUUUUUCCUCUAAGAAUUUAGAGCUGUCUGCUUCUGAGAUUUGGUACGGUGGCCUCUUCUUAGGAACAGUACGGAAAAUGCUUCGUGAUGAGGCUGCAGCUUUGGCAAACUACCUCACAGCUGGCCUGGGAGGAGCCACACAACUGAUGUUGUGCCCUUUAGUGCCUAGAGCAGUCCAAGUGCUGGAAACGUAUUUGAUUAAAACCAAAUUAACCAAAACUGAAAAAGUGCUCGAGCUGUACAAAUACCGAGAAUCUGUUUCCUGUUUCCGCACAUCUUCCGAAUGUGGCCAGAGUCGGGUGAGGGACAGCGACUUGUCGCCUCUCCACUCCUCCUGAGAAGCCAACUCCAGCACCUGGACACGUCUGAGGCAUUCCGUCCAGCAGGACCAUUAAGGAACAGGUCUGAGGUUUGAGGAGUCCCCAGUGUAGGUUCUUGUUAACUAAGAGAUCACAUCCAAAUAAUAAGUGUCCACAACUUCGUAAUUACUGUUUCAUUUAAAAUCUUGAAGGAUGAGUUUUUGAGAUGUCCCGAGGCUUUGGGGUGAGGACCUGUCCAUCUGACUGAGGCCACGCCGUAUAGAGCAGCACGAGAAAGGACCUCGAGCUAGUCCAGCCUCAGCCUCCGCUGGGAUCCCCGCUGCCCCAUCCAGACACAUUUCUGUGAUUUCCUGUAAAUGUGUCUAGUCUCAUACCAUCUCUUGUUAUGUAUGCUCUAAAGAUUAGUUCUUUCUGUGACUUUUUUAAAUACUCAGAGUAGUUAUAAAUUUUGGAGGCUGAUGAAAGAAACUUGGAGUUUUUAAAGAUUAAAUCCUCACUUUGAUUCCAUUAUCACUUUGGGGGGAGGGGUAGCUAAUAAGUAUUUUUAGAUAAUAAAACUGGCUGAACUUUUUCUGACACAUCAUCAGACUUGGGGAUUGUUUAGAUUAUAAAUAAGCUGAAAUAUGGCUCCUAGAACCAUAGCAAAUCAGAACCAUAGCAAAUCAUUGAGUCUCUAGUUAGAUUUGGUAUCCUAAAAUUUAUCAUUCCAAGAAUUUUAACAUUGAAUUCCGAAUUGUAAAGAGCAGUUAAAUAUUUUACUAUUUCAUUAAGGGCGUUUAAAAUAAGUCUGGUGGAGGAAGGAAAACAAAUUGUAUACUUACCAUAAAGAGCCACAGAUAAUUCGAUUUUCCAUGGGAUGGGUGGUUCCUGUGUAUACCGAAGUUAUUGGUGGGAACCCGAUAACCAGUGAGUAAGUUUUUAGGUAAUCUCUACCCCCACACCUUCCCUCGUUAACAUUAAAUAGAUUGUUUGUACCUUGUCAAAUUCUGUUGUUGUCUGUAAAGGAAAACAGAAGGGUUCAAAUACUCACACCUUCCACACUACAGGUUGCAUUUCGAUGGAAAACUAGAAAAGACACUAGGUGAAGAGAAACAGCACCAAGCUUCUAAAUGCUUCAUACUUUUGCAAAAAGAAGUGUUAUAUGGAUUCAUCUAAGGGCAGAGUAAACACUAUUAGACUUACUGAUGACCAUUUAAAAAUCACAGAAAACCCGGAGUUAAUAACCCUAAGCGUACAUGAAUGAGGUCAGUUCACUUAGCAGGAGCUGUGGCUCAUUUCACUCAUAGGAGACAAAUAUGGUCAAAGCACCCAAGAGCAACAGCCAAAGCCCCCUCUCACCCAGUAGGAUGGAUUUGUUAAGUUUCUGCUGAACAGAGUCAGCCUCCCAAGCAAGAUUUUAAUCCCGUACUGAAUUGUGUAUAAAAUGCCCUAUUAUCUCCUGUAAUGUAUUGUAAGUAGUCAAAUCCUGUAUAUACUGCUAUUUUCAGUGUCUGUUCAUUGUUGUGAACUUAUGUAUAUUAGUGAAAUAAAUUUUCAGCUUUCA